UAGAAAAUGGAUUUUGAUCGUAUUAGGAAAAAGAUACAGCACUUUAAGAAAAUGGUUCAGAAGGAAUGAGAUUAUGAAACUCCACCUCUCUCAGAGUCAGGAUAUCCUCUUAGAAUCAGCCAAUUUUGCCAGAAAGAAGAUUUACAACUAGUCAAAGUAGAGGGAGACACGCAUUAUGUUUACAAGGUUAUGGCAAUUUUGAUGGAGAACUCACAGGAAGGUUACAAAAAGUAUGCUCAAAACUUAAUAUCCUUCAUGAUUGCGAACAAGACUAAACUUCAGACUCUGCUUAAAAGCUUGGACAUCGAACUCGGAUUUGACCAAUAUAUCAAGAUGUUACAAGAGGAUUCUAUCCACCCAGAGCAGGAGUUCAUCUUCUUACUCGCUGCCUGUGAGAUUGAUGCCUGACGAGUCAUUUAUGAUAAGGGUAAUGGGCUAAGUUACAAGUCAAUCAAGCUUAACGAACUCCACAGUAUGACACCUUUUGAAGAUUUUGAGGAGUAUAAAUAAAGUUUCUAUUUAUAUCUGCAAUCGCCAGAUCAUUCCACUUAUCUCUAAUGAUGACUCGAAUACAAGUGAUUCGCAGUCUUCAGAAGAACUAUUCAAUGAUAACGACAUUAAAAGAAUGAACGCAGUUCACAAAAUAACGACUGAUUCAGAUUCCUUUAUGAAUAAGAAAAAGCAUCAGUUUGGUAAAAGUGCUUCGAUGGCGAUUGACCCUUCCUCUGAGAUGGCUCAGUUCAAUAAUAAUUCAACUAACCAGCAUCGAAAUUCGGAUGCACUUUCUAGUUAUUCUCAAGGCAUGCUUUGGCCGAAUAACAAUCAUCUGAAAGCAGAAGCUAUGACUGAGCUCUCCUUGACGCCUGGCAAGAAGAGAAGCUCUCAGCAGAAGAGGAAUAAUUUCAAGAAUAGUGCUAGUUAUAAUGGGAUAUCCCUAUAUCAACCACCUCCUGGGAUGAAUGCAACUGGUACUAACAUUCCGAGAAAUGUCUUGCUGCCAUAUAAUAUUUUCCAGCCUGCUUAUAUGACUCCAGCACAGAUAAAUAACCAGUUCCUGAGUGAGAAGAAUGCUUCUGGGUAUACUGCUAAUAUGAAGAGAAAAAUGAUGAAAUCUAAAUAAAUCCUUCAGGAUGUCCACUACGAGUGAUCCAUUCAAGCCUAAGAAUUUUGUUCGUAGCUACUCAGCCAUGACACAGCCAUCAAAUGCGAUUAAUAAUUCUAGAAAACUCAAAGAAGAGGAGAAGAAGUUAAACACCAGUAAGAAAAGGUUAAAGCAAAGCCAAAAAUCAAUGCACACUCUGAUAGGUAAGAUCAAGGUAGAGAAAGCAGACCAGAUUAGAGCUAGAUCUACCUCCCAUGAGAAAGAUCAGCUUGUGGAUAAAGAUGGAGCGAAAAAAAAUGAGACAGCUCGUAGUGUGAUUGAAAAAUCCAAUGAAAGUUCCAAUUCUGCUGAGAAUAAAAAGAAAAUUCAUAAAGAAACCACAGGGUCGGCUAGAAAUCAUAGUGAGAGGCAGUCAGAAGCUGAAGAAGUUAAAUCUGAGAUAGUAUGUGAAGAGAUGCACUUUAAUACAGGAGAGAUAAAGUUCUAUAACCAGAAAUCAAAGUAUGGAUUUAUACAGCCAACUGACAGUGGGCAAGACAUUUUCUUUCAUUAUGAGGAUAUUAAGCACACUAAGACUCCCAGGAAAUGGCUGAAGAAUGCAGAUAAGGAGUUCUUAUUUAAAGUCAGCUAUCAAGUGAAGAAAUAUGAAGGAAAGGAGAAGGAUAGUGUGAAAGCUGUUAAUAUAAAAGUAGAUUCUGUCACAAGACGAUCCUAAAUCAACUUAAAAAAAUCUCUCAAGAACCUAAUUUACUACUAAGUACACAAAAUCUCAA